GAAGGCUUUUCCGAACGGACUUCUUCGCAUUCGAUCUGUUUUCAUGACAGUUUAAAUUAGCAGCGUAAUUGUUUACCUCAACAAAUUGAGUGCCGGAUUGGCUGCAGGGGGUUCUCGGUUUACGAAGCAGUUCCGGUCCUACAGCGGCGACGUACCCUGAUUUGUUCCAGGUGGAGGGAUGAGUCGCUCCCCUGUGAUUGACACAGAGGUGUCACAAACUGCAAACGGGUUAGUGACACCUCCCUCUUCGGAAAACAGUCCUCAUAUUGCGGGCUCGUCAAAAUGUGUAGUGCAUAAAGAUGACUUCCCCGAGGAGGGAUCAGAAGAUGACUGCCUCAGACACACAGAGAACCACGUGGGUGGAGAAAAGAGAGUUCAUGAUCAUCGUUGUUUGGACACAGAAAUGGAUGACGAUGUGAGAACAAGUGUUUUUUCACCACACGCCUCUCAUGAGAUGGACCUCUCACCCUCUGAGGACACAUACACAGCACACUCUGACUGCACCUUCAUCUGUCCUGCGGACUCGGGCGUUGUGCAGCCUCAGCAUCAGGGCUGGUCACAGCGAGCGCCGUCCGAACUUGCGUCUUGGAGAGGCAAUCCUGUCGCUGCAGACAUGGAUGGUGGAGAGGAGGAAAACAAGAAACAGGAUGAGGAGGAGGAGGAGAAGUGGCGGCGAAAUCAGUCCUCAAGAGAGAGAAAGGAGGUUGAGGAUGCUGUGCCCUCAGUCUUUGAACCACCACCUGCUACCGAUGCACCAACAACCCGAACAAGUGCCAGCGCGAAGCGUCUUGCAGCCAAGAACAAGAGAAAGUCUUUACGUCACUACUCCUCCUCAGCACCAGGUCCCAGCACCUCCUCCACUUCCUCCUCCCCGCCACCACCUCCUCUUCUCAGCUCCGAUGAUGUCCCCUGCCCCCCUCACGUCAUGGCCCAGGUGUGGGUCCGCAACGUCCGAGGGAUGCAGGACAGCAAAAGCCUGGAUGAGAUCAGCCAAGCCUGUGGAGGUGGAGCGGGGCCCAGGGGAGCAGGCAGAGGGGGCCAAUCCGAGGGCAGACGUGCAACAAUCUCCUCGGCCCUUGAGCUGGAGGGCACGGUUAGCCAUGAGGGAGACCUCACCAACUUCAUCACCAAGAACCUGGAGCAGAAGAUCAAGAUGAGCUCAAAGCCCAGUCUGGACUGCAGUGACUCCGACUGUUCAGGUCCCAUCUACCGUAGCCGAGGGUUGUCACGGCGACCGGCAGAUAUCCCGCCCAUUGAUCCGACUGUCCUGGUUGACCUGCAGAGGCACACGCAGGAGGUGGCACAAAGUGUGGAGAUUAUGAUGCGCAGCCUUAACGGAACCAUCCAGAAUAUGACAGCUCUGAGCGUGGGCUACAUUCAGACUUACAGAGACUCUGUGGACAGCCUGGGAGAGUCUGUGGACAUGGGUAUCAAGAGCAUGUACACGCUGAUGGCGCGAUGCGAGGAGUUGGACCGCUCCAUGCAGCCCAUCAACAUCCUGGCGGCGCAGAUCCGAGACAUCAAGCGAACCCUGGAUGCUUUGGAGGCCAUCUGCAAGUAACUCCACCUACGUUUUGUGGUGCGGACACACACAGCCCCCCAACACUAUGCACACUCCAGGAGGUCCUCUGCAAGUAAUCCCACCGUUCGCCACCGUUUACCGCUGGGGUCAUCGUUUUGCAUUACCAGGCAUGCUGGAUUGUUUGGCCCCUGUUCGUUAUUUAACGAUAAUCAUGUUUGUGUAUUGUACUUGAUUCAUUUGACCACUCCGUUCCAAGACUGUUGAAAGAUGUGGGUGUCGAUUUCCACAUUGAGGAAAAAAUGUAUCCGUCCGGUCAGCUUUGUUCAGGUUGCACUAACAUCUCUUUCCCAAAGGGGUCCUUUUGCUCCAAGGACAGUGACUUUUUUUUGGGGGGUGGGGGGCUAAAACUAAUCUAUUUUUAAUCAAAUGCAAUAAAGGCACACACAUCCUUCACUGCAGGCCAAAUGAGGGAAAGUGAGCUUCACGGAGAGCUUCUUGUAUUUAUCUUUAUUUAUUUGGUUAUGUUGCAAACUUGGGAGUACAGUAAAUUUCAUCGUGACUGAGAUGCCAAAGCGCCAUUUUGAAGAGUUUGAACAUGUUUCUUGAUUGCAACUUGAUGGACCAAUUAAAGCUAGUGAUUGAUGUUUCACUGCCCACUA